GGGCACAGGCAGCGGGGGACAGGAAGGGGAGCAUCCCCCCCGUGCACAGGCAGCGGGGGCAGGAAGGGGAGCAGCCCCUCCCCGGGCACAGGCAGCGGGGGGCAGGAAGGGGAGCAGCCCCCCCGUGCACAGGCAGCGGGGGGGCUCUGCGCUCGGCGAUGCACGUGGUUCCCAUUCCCGGGUGCGACAGGGGUGGGGGGCUGGCUCCGAUCCUGCGCUAAUCGCGGCCCCCGCCCUGCCGGUGCCCCUCACUCCCGACCCGCAGACCCUCCAUCCCAGGUCUCUCACCUGCCCUUUCUUGCACCCCUUAGCUCCCACGCCGAAAGCCCCCCACCAGCAUGCCGGCCGCCCACCCCCCAGUGAGGAGAUGAAUUGGCGCCAUGCGCCCCCCGACGCCCCACCCCCACCCGGAGCCUCCGUGCAGGUCCCCCUCUUUCUGCUGCUGGUCCUGGUCCCCCCGGGCGGUGGCUGCGUCUUCAUCUUCGACCCGCUGAGCACAACGUUCUCCAGGGACAUCGAUGACCUGACCCAGCAUCUGCUCCAUGAUUAUUCUGUCUCGAUUCCAUUGAACCUGGAACCGGAUGGCUGGUGCGCGGAGCUGUGGAGGGUCCAUUUCCUGGCGGUGGAGCUGAGGCACAUGAGGGGGGUCGCGGGCACGGCCCUGCAGCCCCUCGUGGCAAAGGUGGUCCAGCAGGUCCGGUUCGUCGAGGAGUGCGGCAUCACCGACCCCACGGGCUGCGUGGGGCAGGAACGCAGGAACGUGUCGUGGAUGCUGCGCGCCCUGAACGGCCACAUGGCAGCGCUGAAGAGCAAAAUGGCAGGGCAGGACUCGGUCGACUUCAGCAACUGCACCCCCAUCCGCUGCCAGCCAGAAGCCCUGGCACUGCCACCUGCGCCAGUCGGGCUCCCGCAGCCCGGCUUCUCCAGCCGGAAGCAGCCGGGGACCCAGGCAUCCGGGGCCGGCUCCUUGCACAAGAACCACCUGCCGGUGCUGCUCCUCCUGGUGCCCAUCCUGGGGUCUCUGGCCUUCGUCAGCCUGUGGCAGUAUCAGAGGCAGCUCCGUGGCCAGCUGCUUCUUCCCUCUCUCCCCACAGGGGACCCAGGAGUCCGAGCAGUUGGACACCUGAACGAGUGGGGUGCAGGAGCUGAUAGGAGAGAGAUGGCUCAGGACCCCCAGAGCCACGGUUGGUCCCCCUGCUACGGAUUCUGGGAUGUGGGCGGCCAGCACCGGAGCCAGCUGGGGCCACCAGAGCCAGACUCUGCUUCCUACACCCCACUCCUGCGAGCCAAGCGGAGGGUGGAAUCAGCCACGCCUCCCGGCGGACUGCAAGGCUGAGACCUGCGGCCAGCCCCCCAUGGGCCCUGGUGCCAUCCCCCGCCCCCAGGAGGCGCUGUGUAGCGCCGGCUCGCACCCGGCCCCACGGCUCCCGCUGUCUGGACUUCAUUUCUGCAGCGCUGGGGAAGCCGGAGAUGGAUUUUUCUUCUAUGCUAAGCCAUGUUUCGGAGACCUGCCUCCGGGGCUGGGGAUCUUUUGGGGGGCCUGGGGUCUGCAGGGACAGAUGGCCCAGCAGGAAGAGGCAAAAGACCUCCCCCCCCCCGCAACCCCCAACAGGCCCCGAACUGUCAUUGGAAACUAAUGGAUUUUCCUUCGUGCCAAGACGCGGUCCGUCUGGGGUGGAGCGCGGAGGACUGGUUAUAUGAGGACCCUUCGCCUGGGUGGGACCCAGAUGCCUGAGUUCCCACCCCAAUGCUGGGCGAGGAACACUGUGGCCCAGUGGCAAUUAUUCAUAAUAUUUUAUAU